AAGAAAAACAAGAGAAGAAGAACUCACGACGAGGAGAGUUAUGUUUGUGUUUGUUAUCUCUCUACGUUAAGCGAAGUUUUCUUACUGUUACGUUUUAAAAUCUAGAGAUUAUAUAAAUAUGUUUUCAGAUUAAUUUACGUCGGUGGUAAUGAAAGCGUUAUUGUUUAUAAUCCUCUUGAAGUAAUGUUUCUGUGUAAACAUUAAGAUGGUGAUGUAUGUGUGUUGAGGUGUUGAUGAUGAGAAAUGGGAUGAAUCUGAUGUAUUGUAAAUCAGUAGGAACUGAUCUGUCCAUUAUAGGUUACAUUUCUGACUGAUUUUAUUACAGAAAUCUCUUAGCUGAAGAAGAAAUAGGUGGCGUUAAUGGAGACAAAGCUGACUGAACAGAGAAGCGGUGUUUUCAAACAAGCAGAUUCAGAUUCUCAUCUAUGGUUACUUCAAUAUUGGGAGAAGCCCCACCCACAACUGGUGACGAUCUGCCUUAUUAUCAAAGAGUCCAUCAUUUUUGUACCUUCACUGUAGCAGUUGGAGUCUUACAAUGUCUGCAUCAAAGAGGAAUUACAAAUGUUGGGUCUUGGGAUGUACCAAUGAACAUCAGAGUCUCCAUAGACUGCCACAAUCUGAGUCAUUGAGGACUUCGUGGUUAGAUUUCAUUUUUUAUGGAAAUGUCCCAAAGAGAGUACCUAGAAACCUACACGUUUGUGCCAAUCAUUUUAUGCCGAACUGCUUCAAAAACGAGAGUCAGUUCAAUGCUGGAUUUUCAAACAGCUUGAUUCUGAAUAAUGAGUCAAUACCAACGCUUCGUUCUCAAACCUUCAAAUCAGAACAAGAUUUAUCUGGUGUCUCUGUCUGUGGUUUCACUGAUCAAACAUCUACAGAGCUUCUGGUUUCUGUCUGUAAGGAAGAAGAAGAGAAGAUAUCAGUAAAUCUGCUGGAGUGUGGGAUGGAGCUGAAACAAGAAAUCAAAGAAGAAGAAGAAGAACAGACAGAUAACGGGGAUCUGAUUUAUUCAGACCUGAAGGUGAAGUUGGAAAGUUUUCAAUCAAAUAACAUGGAGGAGAAACCUGAUCAUUUUAUACCUGGAGAAGAAUCUCUUGGCUGCUUAAAGACAGAGAUUUUGUCAGACGACGAUCCAUGUACAAGCUCUUGGUGUGGGAAAAUCAUCAGCUUUCAGUCUGACCUUAACGCACACAUGCAAAUUCACACUGGAGAAAAGCCUUACAGAUGUGACCAGUGUGAAAAGACCUUCACUCGUAAGUCCAGCCUUGAUAUGCACACAAGAAUUCACACUGGAGAAAAACCUUACAGUUGUGACCAGUGUGAACAAACCUUCACUUGUAAGUACAAGCUUAAAGUGCACGCAAGAAUUCACACUGGAGAAAAACCUUAUACUUGUGACCAGUGUGGAAAGAGCUUUACUUAUAAUUGCAGCCUUUAUGUGCACAGGAAAAGUCACACUAGAGGAAAGCCUUAUAGAUGUGACCAGUGUGGUAAGAGCUUUACUCAAAUGUCCAGCCUUAAGUUGCACAAGAGAGUUCACACUGGAGAAAAGGCUUACACAUGUGACCAAUGUGGACAGACCUUCGCCUGGAAGUCAGGCCUUAAAGUGCACAAGAAAAUUCACACUGGAGAAAAGGCGCACACAUGUGAUCAAUGUGGAAAGAGCUUUAUUCAAAAGUUUAGGCUUUGUGCGCACAAAAGAACUCACACAGGAGAAAAGCCUUACAGUUGUGGCUUGUGUGGACAAACCUUCUCUUGUAAGUCCACCCUUGAUGUGCACAUGAGAAUUCACACUGGAGAAAAACCUUACAGUUGUGACCAGUGUGGAAAGAGCUUCAUUUGUAGGUCCAGCCUUUCUGUGCACAUGAGAACUCACACUAAAGAAAAGCCUUAUGCAUGUGUCCUGUGCGGUAAGAGCUUUACUAAAAUGUGCAGCCUUAAGAUGCACAAGAUAAUUCACACUGGAGAAAAGCCUUACAGUUGUGACCAGUGUGAAAAGAGCUUCACUUGGAAGUCCUGCCUUAAUAUGCACAUGAGAAUUCACACUGGAGAAAAACCUUACAGUUGUGACCAGUGUGAAAAGAGCUUUACUCAAAAGUCCAGUCUUAAUAUGCACAAGAUGACUCACACUGGAGAAAGGCCUUACAGUUGUGAGCAGUGUGGAAAUAGCUACACUUGUAAGUCGAGGCUUGAUGUGCACAGGAGAAUUCACACUGGAGAAAAGCCUUACAGAUGUGAGCAGUUCGGUAAGAGCUUCACUCAUAUAAACAGGCUUAAGACGCACAGGAGAAUUCACACUGGAGAAAAAGCACACAACCGGAGCAGUGGACAGCUAUUACUGCAGAGCCCAGGAAGCAACGAGGGACCGACUGGUCUCGGUCUUGACUCCAACUCUACUCUCUCUGGACUCGGUCUUGACUGGGACUUGAAUGAGCUGGUCUCGAAUACAACACUGUUUCAAGUCGUCAGGACAGAAGGAACACAGAGUCCAUCAUUGUUGUAUUUUUGCUAUACCAGCUGGAGUCUUACAAUGUAUUUGCCAAAGAGGAAUUUCAUGUGUUUUGUUUUGGGAUGUACCAAUGAACACCAGAGGCUUUAUAGACUCCCACAAUCUAAAUCACUGAAGACAUUGUGGUUAGAUUUCAUUUUUGAUGGAAAUGUCCCGAAGAGAGUACCUAGAACGUUAUAUGUUUGUGCCAAUCAUUUUACGCCCGACUGCUUCAAAAACGAUGGUCAGGUCAACGCUGGUUUUUCAACCAGCUUGAUUCUGAAAAAUGAGUCAAUACCAACGCUUCGUUCUCAAACCUUUAAAUCAGAACAAGAUGCUCCUGGUGUCUCUGACUGUGGCAUCACUGAUCAAACAUCUACAGAGCUUCUGGUUUCUGUCUGUAAUGGAGAAGAAGAGAAGAAAUCAGUAAAUCUGUCAGACUGUGGGAUGGAGCUGAAACAAGAAAUCAAAGAAGAAGAAGAAGAACAGAUUGAUAAAGGGAAUUUGAUUUAUUCAGACCUGAAUGUGAAGUUGGAAAGUUUUCAAUCAAAUGACAUUGAGGAGAAACCUGAUCAUAUCAUACCUGGAGAAGAAUCUCUGAGCUGCUUGAAAACUGAGAUUUUGUCAGACGAUUCUUGUACGUGCUCUCUGUGUGGAAAUGUCUUCAAUAGUCAGUCCGACCUUAAUGCACACAUGCAAAUUCACACCGGAGAAAACCCUAACAGAUGUGAUGAAUGUGGAAAAAGCUUUACUCAAAAGUCAAGCCUUACUGUGCACAAGAGAAUUCACACCGGAGAAAACCCUAACAGAUGUGAUGAAUGUGGAAAAAGCUUUACUCAAAAGUCAAGCCUUACUGUGCACAAGAGAAUUCACACCGGAGAAAACCCUAACAGAUGUGAUGAAUGUGGAAAAAGCUUUACUCAAAAGUCAAGCCUUACUGUGCACAAGAGAAAACACACUGGAGAAAAGCCUUACAGUUGUGACCAGUGUGGACAGACCUUCACUCGUAAAUCUGGUCUUGAUACACACAUGCAAAUUCACACAGGAUUUAAGCCUUACAGAUGUUACCAGUGUGAACGGACCUUCACUUGUAAGGCCAGCCUUACUGUGCACAAGAGAAUUCACACUGGAGAAAAGCCUUACAGAUGUGACCAGUGUGGAAAAAGCUUUACUUUUAAGUCCAGCUUUACUGUGCACAAAAGAAUUCAUACUGGAGAAAAACCCUACAGAUGUGACCAGUGUGAACGGACCUUUACUUGUAAGCACAGCCUUGAUGGGCACAGGAGAAUUCACACUGGAGAAAAGCCUUACAGAUGUGACCAGUGUGGAAAAAGCUUCACUUUUAAGUCCAGCUUUAUUGUGCACAAAAUAAUUCAUGCUGGAGAAAAACCCUACAGAUGUGAACAGUGUAAAAAGAGCUUUACUCAAAUGUCCAGCCUUGCUAUGCACAGGAGAAUUCACACAGGAGAAAAGCCUUACAGUUGUGACCAGUGUGAACGGACCUUUACUUGUAAGUCCAGCCUUAAUUUGCACAUGAGAAUUCACACUGAAGAAAAGCCUUACCUGAAGGUGAGGUUGGAAAGUUUUCAAUCAAAUAACAUUGAGGAGAAACCUCUUCAUAUCAUACCUGGAGAAGAAUCUCUGAGCUGCUUGAAGACUGAGAAGAUUUUGUCAGACAACGAUUCUUGUACGUGCUCUUGUUGUGGAACAAUAUUCAGCUGUCAGUCCGACCUUAAUGCACACAUGCAAAUUCACAUGGAAAUAAAGCCUUACAGCUGUGACAAGUGUGGACAGAGCUUUACUCAAAUGUCCCACCUUACUGUACACAGGAAAAUUCACACUGGAAAAAUGCCUUACAGUUGUGACCAGUGUAAACAGACCUUCACUUAUAAUUCCCACCUUAGUGUGCACAGAAGGGUUCACACUGGAGAAAAGCCUUACACAUGUGAUGAAUGUGGAAAGAGCUUCACUUAUAAUUCAAGCCUUAUAAUGCACAAGAGAAUUCACACUGGAGAAAAGCCUUACAGUUGUGACCUGUGUGAACAGACCUUUACUCAUAAGUCGAAGCUUCAUGUGCACAGGAGAAUUCACACUGGAGAAAAUCCUUACAGUUGUGACCAGUGUGGACAAACUUUCACUCGUAAGUCCAGCCUUGAUGUUCAUAUGAGAAUUCACACUGGAGAAAAGCCAUACAGUUGUGAACAGUGUGGAAAGAGCUUCACUCAAAUUUCCUACCUUACUGUGCACAGGAGAAUUCACACUGGAGAAAAACCUUACAGUUGUGACCAGUGUGAACGGACCUUCACUCAUAAUUCCCACCUUAAUGUGCACAGGAGAAUUCACACUGGAGAAAAGCCUUACAGUUGUGACCAGUGUGAACAGACCUUCACUCAUAAUUCCCACCUUACUGCACACAAGAGAAUUCACACUGGAGAAAAGCCUUACAGUUGUGACCAGUGUGAAAAGAGAUUCAGUUGUAAGUACAGUCUUAAUAUGCACAGGAGAAUUCACACAGGAGAAAAGCCUUACAGUUGUGACCAGUGUGAACAGACCUUCGCCUAUAUGUCCAACCUUACUGUGCACAAAAGAAUUCACACUGGAGAAAAGCCUUACAGUUGUGAGCAGUGUGAACAGACCUUCACUAAUAAGUCCCAUCUUACUGUGCACAGAAGAAUUCACACUGGAGAAAAGCCUUAUAGUUGUGACCAUUGUGGACAAACCUUCACCCGUAAGCCCAGCCUUGAUGUGCACAGGAGAAUUCACACAGGAGAAAGUCCUUACAGAUGUGACCACUGUGGAAAGAGCUUCACUCGUAUAUCCAACCUAAGUUUGCACAAGAGAAUUCACACUGAAGAACAUGCACACAUCCCAAGCAGUGGGAAACUAUCACUGCAGCAAUUGAAUUUGCAACUCUCGGUUACAAGACCGACACACUAACCAUUAGGCCACGACUGCCUCCUACAACAGUCUCCACAGUGACACCAAGUGGUCGCUUGCAUGUGUUUGAUCUGUCGAUCUGAAACAAACUUGACAAUGAUUCAGACAACGUUGACAAAUUAUAAUUAUGUCAUAUGAGGUGUUCAACUCUCCACCUUCUAGCAGAGUUUGCUUCAGCCCACAUAAACCACAUCUGAACAAGUUAAUCACAAGGAAUCUUGAGGAAUAGGUGUGUUCAACUUUAUGGUGCACUGGGCAGACCGAUCGACAUUUGAUAUCAAAGUACAGCGAGCGAUUAAAAAGUAUACAGAGCAAUCAGUCUGGAUUAUUGGCUAAGCGCUUAAGUUUGACUGGCUUGGCAGAUAGUUAACAGGUUCCUUGAAGAAAGACUCAAAUGCCAAAUUUAGUUUUAAGUGUGAUUUACUUGAAAGAAGCACUGUAAAACCACCCAAGAGUUGCACUAUUUUCUGUGCCAUAACAAACAUGCCUUAAACAAAUUGGGGUGGUUCCCCGGACAGGGAUUAGCUUAAACCGAGUCUAGGCCUUAGUUAAAUUGAGAAAUAUAGCUAGUUUAAACAAACAUGCCUUACUAAAAACAUUACUUGUGUGCAUUUUGAUGCAAAACAAAGGGCACUGAUGUGUUUUAAGAUAGGUCAGUGCAGAAUGUUUUCAGUUUGGACAGCUCUUACACUUAUUUUAGUCUAGGACUAGUCUAAUCUCUGUCUGGGAAACCAACCCAUAGGGGUGGUUUCCCGGACAAGAAUUGGCUUAAACCAGGACUAGGCCUUAGUUUAAUUAGGAAAUAUAACUAGUUUUAACAAACAUGCCUUACUAAAAACAUUACUUGUGUGCAUCUUUAGGCACAACAAAGGGCACUGGUGUAUUUUAAGAUAUGUCAGUACAAGUUGUUUUGGGUUUGGACAGCUCUUACAUUUAUUUUAGUCUUGGACUAGUCUAAUCCCUGUCUGGGAGACAGCCCCUUAAAGUUAUAGCAGUUAGAAAAACCUAAUGAGCUAAGAGUCAGGUGCAACUAAAACAAACACUGAUCACCAUAAUGACGACUUUAAAUGAAACAUCCAACAAAAACUGUACAACAUGUAAAAUGCAAAUUUAGGUUUAAAACAGAGAUGAUGAUGGAGAGGAUAAAGUUACAGACUGCUUUUCCCUCUGGAUCAGUGUCACUUUGUAACACUUUAAGAUUGGGACGAUAUGUACACCAAGCAAUGUUCAUUUAUCUCUGGGGAUUUAGCUGUUAUUGUUUACCCAAAUGGUUCUUUAAGGCCAAUUUCCUGAAUAAAGAUAGCCCCUACCCGAAAAACACAGCAUGGGUGCACAGUGAGUGCCCGGGGAAAACAACUCUUUACGAUUCACAGUGGACUGCCCACCGAGACCACAUUUGGUUUUCAAUGUUUACACCUCCAGAAAGUCAGCCAUCAGUCUCCUCAUUCUCUGUAUACAUUUUAACAAUAAAAUGAGUAAACUUCACCUAAUGUUGGGAGUCACCUCCUACCUUAGACAUGUUGACCAAUCACCCACUGUGUGUGUAUAUUAGGCAACACCCCUGGUUUUACAAGAUAUCAUCAUUAUAUCAUUAUCACAAUUCUUUGUUCUCUUUGGAUAUUUAUGGAAAAUGGUAAAUAUUCAGGUAGGAUUUUCUGUAUUGGAAAUUCACCCCAUGAUGCUGUGUUUUGGUUAUUCUUUCUAAGUGUACAGAGGAAACUAUGGCAUGAUUAUAAAAAGCAAU